UUUUUUUUUUUUUUUCCCGGGGGGUGGGAGGGAGAGGGCUUGCAAGAGAAGACCCGCCUGUGCAUUUGUGCAGAGCGGUGUGCACGUACACAGCACCGGGCAGAGGAGUGGAAGCGAGGCAAGGCACCGGAGCAAGUGAAGAAGACGAGGAGGAGAGAGCGCUGUGUUUUAUUUUUGAAGGAAGGGGACGUUGCGAAACUGGCUUGCAAUCUUUACUGACUCAUCGCUUGGAAAUAAAGCAGACCCUUUUUUCUUUUUCUUUAUUUCUUUUUCUUUUUAAAUCCUCGCUUCUCCUCCUGCUCCUCCUCCCGUGCGGCUGGCACCGGAGAGGAAAACAGUCGGAUUUUGACACCACGUUUUGGGCUGCCUUUUGCAAAAUGCGACACGCUUUCCUGUGAGCGCUAUGUUGUGCGCACCUCGCAGCCCGCUACGCCGUGAACGGUAGCAGGACCGGCCGCUGCACCCGCUCCGUUUGUUAUUGACUUGUGGCGGCUGUAUCUCAUCCUGGCUGCCACUUUUUUUUGGCUGGGGGGGGGAUUUUUAUUUCGGAUUUGGACUCGGUCGUAGGUCUUUGCAGAGCUGACGCGCUGUCAACACACCGAGAGGUGAGGUGAGGUGAGGGGAGGGGAAGGGACAGUCCUGUCACCCAGCGUGGACCAGGAGCCAGCUUUUUUAGCUGCACUGCUAACAGCCUGCCAGGGCACCGAGUGGGCACGCUGAAUUAGUCCUAAACCGCCUCCGCUGUUGAACUACAUGUGCCUGGCUCCCAAUGAUCUCCUAAUCUCUGGGAAUCGCCCGCCGUCCAGGACUGAGGACGUCUCUGUACCCGAAGCAGACAGCGAUCAAGAUGGAGAGCGAAAAGAAGAGGAGAAAAUACUCCACGAGCAGCAACGACUCUGACACCACUGACAGUCAAGUGACGUCAUGGUCCAGGUCAUCCAAGAAUAUGGGCACCAGCAGCACAUGGGUCCGCCACCAGCACAAGAAACCAUCAGAGGUAUUUCGUACUGACUUCAUCACUGCCAUGAAGCUGCCGGACUCAGCCCAGCUCGGCCCAGACGACUUCUACGUGCUUUCAGACCCUUGGAGACAAGAGUGGGAGAAGGGAGUGCAGGUCCCAGCCAACCUAGAGGCCAUACCGGAGCCUGUGGUCAGGUCGCUGCCGGAGUCGACAGGUGGUCUGUCCAACAACGGGCAGGAGAGGGAAGGUGAUACUCGGCCUCCUCCCACACAGCUCUACAGCUGCUAUGACCUGGAUGACCUGGAUGUUGCCUGGCUACAGAUAGUCAACCAAGAGUUCAGACAGAUGGGCUUACCGGAGCUCGAUGAGCUCACCAUGGAGUGCGUUCUGGUGGAGCUGGAGAGCGUGUGCGAGGAGAAGAUGCAGCAGGCCAUCGAGACAGAGGAAGGCCUGGGCAUCGAGUAUGACGAGGACGUGGUGUGCGACGUCUGCCGCUCACCGGAGGGAGAGGACGGCAACGAGAUGGUUUUCUGUGACAAGUGCAAUGUCUGUGUUCAUCAGGCGUGUUACGGCAUCCUGAAGGUACCCCAGGGGAACUGGCUGUGUCGGACCUGCGCUCUCGGGGUCCAGCCAAAAUGUCUGCUCUGCCCCAAGAGAGGGGGGGCACUCAAGCCCACCCGCAGUGGAACCAAGUGGGUCCACGUCAGCUGUGCCUUAUGGAUCCCUGAGGUGAGUAUAGGCUGUCCAGAGAAGAUGGAGCCCAUUACCAAGGUGUCCCAUAUCCCCGCCAGCCGCUGGGCUCUGUCCUGCAGCCUGUGCCGAGAGCACACAGGGACCUGCAUUCAGUGCUCCAUGCCCUCCUGUAUUGUGGCCUUCCAUGUGACCUGCGCCUUCGAUCACGGCCUGGAGAUGAAGACCAUCUUGGCCGAGAACGACGAGGUGCGCUUCAAGUCCUUCUGCCUGGAGCACAGCAACACCAGUACAAACACCAACAGCACCUUCAGCUCAAGCGGACUGAGCAACGGCAAUCACGUCACCGCUUCCACCGCCAACGGCGCACACGGUGGAGCCAGACCCGAGUGGGCCGCCACCGGUCUCACCUCCGAGCUUCGGCAGGACCAGCAAAACGAGACGAAUGGCAGCAGCGAUCCGGAGCAGAGGUCUGUAUCGCACCUGGUUUCAGUGUCGGCGUCGGAGCGGGCUGAGCGCGACCAACUGGAGAGAGAAAAAGUGAGCCAGAGGAAGCAGAAGCUUCAGGAGCUGGAGGAUGAGUUUUACCGACUCGUGGAACCCAGGGAGGUUGCCGAAAACCUGGGGCUGCCCGUCUCCCAGGUGGACUACUUAUAUCAGUUCUGGAAGCUGAAGAGGAAGGCCAACUUUAAUCGACCUCUGGUGACCUUAAAGAGAGACGAGGUGGACAACCUGGCCCAACAGGAGCAGGACGUCCUCUACAGACGCCUCAAACUCUUCACACACCUCCGACAGGACCUGGAAAGAGUGCGCAAUCUGUGCUACAUGGUGACACGGAGGGAGAAAAUGAAACACACCCUCUGUGACCUCCAGGAGAAGAUCUUCCACCUUCAGAUACAACUGCUGGAAGAGGACAUGGCUGGAGGUAAGGAGAAAACCCAGAAGGGAGAAAAGAGGAAGCAGAAUGGAGUGAAGGAUAAAGGGAAGGAGAGAAGGAAGAAUAGUCCUGAGAAGAAAAAGGAGAGAUGGAAGUCAGAGAACGGCUCCAUGCUUAAAGAGCUAGGUUUGUCAAAGUCAUUCCCGUUGGACAACUCUUUGUUCGACAGCUGGCUCGCCCAGUCGGUUCAGAUCACCGCUGACGACAUGCUGAGCCAGUGGGCUCUGGGUGCCCAACAUCGGGACAAGAGCGGCAGCCUGCUUUCUGACCAGCUCCUGCAGGGCGAAGAGAGUUUGCUCAACCUAAUGAUGGAGAACUCCAUGCAGUCCACCUGGAAAACACCCCAGUUGGGGCGCAAAUCGAGAGGGAGCAACAAGCCCCGUGUUCGUGCACCACCAACCACUCCGGCCCAGCCUCAGACGCUCCUGUCUGCAGCUGCUGCGUCCGCUGGCGGCAGCCCCUCCACCGCAAAGAGGCUCUGGGCGAGCGUGGCGGAGGAAAAGUCUGGCCACGUGAGUCGGAAAGGGGAAAAGAACAAAGGCUCCUCCAAGACCGUGCACCACCCCCUCCAUCACCACCAGACCAGAAGCUCUGACCUUCACAGGGACCCACCGCCACAGCCGCCCAUCUCCAAAAUGGAUUCCUGUCACAUCUCGGAGGAUAACAGUCCUUGGGAUGGCAUCCAUGCAGGGAAUGGUGUAGUAUCAGGGGCUGGAUCUGGUUUCACAGUGGGCUCAAACCCACCAGUCUCUGGUCUCGGGUUCACAAUGCCCGACGCUGGGACAAUCUUUCGUGGCGGGACCCCGCGGCACCGUCUGUCCCGCCAGGGUAAAUCGAGAGUGAGGGGCGUCACCAGAGGUGUAGCGGGGUUCGAGUCCAUGGACCUGCCACUCGCAGGGAAAGACGUAUCCCUGUUAGACGCUGCUGAGACUGAUGGCUACUUCUCUGACGGCGAGCAGAGCGAUUCGGACACGCGCACUGGUGGGCGCAAGCUCCGCCUGCCGCAGUUGCACUCCGGGAACGAGGACCUGCUGAGAAGAAGCGUGCUGGCUUCCUAAAGAACUGAGAUUCCAAUAGACAAAUACACACAAGCAGUUAUCCAAGCAGAAUCCCGCUGGCUAAUUGUUUUUUGUUUUUGUUUUUUCCCACCUGUGCCCAGCAUACAGUCUAUAAAAACACGGCUGGAUCGCUUUGUUCAACCAAAAUCCCGAUCACAUCCAUCAGUGGAAAAUCCCCAGCUCCUAACCUGCUCUGUUUUUUAGGACGGAGGGGAUUUGAAUGUAGCCGUUUGCCUAUCAUACAGAAAAGCUUCUCCACUGGACUGCAGUUUGUUGUUAGCUUAUCAUAAGAUGUGAUACAUUCAGCAGAUUGAAAACAAACAUUACCUUCAGUCUCUUUCUCUUGUUUUUUUUUUUGUGUUGUAUAUUUCAGAAUCAUUUCAUUUCUGGGCGUCGAACGAAGCACCCAGUUCUGGCCUCAUGUCUGUGGUAUCUGCCAGACUUGGGAACAAACACUUUGGGGCAUUAUUAUUAUAAUUAUUAUUAUUAUUCAAGCUGGUUUCAGGGUAUGCUUCAUUCUCGGCCUUUGUGGCCCGAGUUGCAUCCAGUGAGUGCUUGUUUUCUUGAAUAUGUUCAGUGGAAAAGACAAUUUCACACCAGAGUUGGUCUGAAUAUGUACAGCGGGUGACAACUUGUAUUCAGCCUUGAAAAGCACAACAUAGCUAGUCAUAAGAGCUGUAAUGUAAGCACUUGUGUGUAUAAUAGAUGCUCAUUCAGGGUUGGGGUCAAUUUUCCUCCCUCGUUGACUGGGUUUGAAAAAUGUACACUGAAUCCUUCAUUCUCAAAUUUUUCACAUUUUACUUCAUAAAAGAAAAAACAACAACCAAAAAAAAUCUACAAAUCUCUAGCUUUGCCAGUUUCUGAAUAGCGAACGCAUUGACCCCAACCCUGGUGCUCAUUCAGAUUUUCACACAGACACACAGACACACACAGACAUACUCACACACAAACUACCAUAAGCGGAUCCCUUUUGCUCACACCGCAGCCGUCGUUGAAAUAUUUGGUCUGACUUUUUGUCAGCUGCUUUCAAAUUCUUCCUAAUUCCGCGUUCUUUUAACUCCCGGGUCUUUGGAGAAAAAUCGUCGUACAAACUCUGUGCCUUUCUUUCACUUGCCCUGUGGCCCUGCGUCCCCCUCAAUCGCCGCCAACUUUCCAAAUCAACCAAACAAUCGCUGAGUAGAUCAAUCAGUCGUUUGUCAAUCGGAUUUGUAACAAUCAAGCCAAAAGGAAAUCCCAUUGGAGUGGCUACUGAGCGUAGCCGGCAUUGGGCUCCUUGUCACCUUAACAAUUGUGUAGUGCCUGAAAGGAUGGAAAUGCAUCACUUGCCAUUUAUCAACAGAGCAUAUGCAGCAGCUUGCAACGCAGAGCAACAUCGUGCCGUCAGUGCAAAGAGCUGCCUGCUGCUCUGUGCCCCCCUAAGUUGCAUCACUGUAGCCCAGAGCCAUCAAUAACCAGAGUUUGGCCAGUUACACUGCGGGCACCAUGUUGCUGCCAUUGAAAAUUAGACCUCUUAUUUAAAAUUUCAUGCACAUUACUGCAAAUAGUAUUCAUUUUGGGGUUUGGUUAAUCAGCAGUGCAGUUCAGCUUUUUCAUAUGGGGUGGGUAGCUGUGUUCAUGUAAGCCAAGCCUGAGAGACAUGUUUUAUAAACAGUUACAGACUGGUUAGGGUGACCAUGCAUUGUGUAGUUCAUGGGUAUAUUCUUGCUACAGCGGCUGACGUCAUGUGACACAAAUUCAACCUCAAAAGCAGCUGAAAUUCUGCUUUGGUUCGUAAGAGGACGAAUCCUCAGUUUUGGCAUUCUGAUGUUGCUAUUUAUGUAUCCAAUGGAAGCGGGAUCACUUGGAAUGCAUUCAGUGCAUGUGGAUAUACAUAAAACUAUAUGUAAAAUCAGAGGAAAUUAGUCAUUUUUAUUAGUCAGAUCACCCAUGUGUACCUAUGCAGCUUAUUAUUUUGUUCUAUGAAAACGUAAACACUGUCAGGCACCAACGUGGCAGCCGCUUUUGUUUGACAUGGCCAAGCUUUCACAACUGAUGGCUCUGAGGCAUGUCUUGUUCCUACUAGAUGGACGUAGACAGUGUAAUAAUCAGCUUCAGAGGCCUGCGCUCUUAAGUCCCUGAAUUGAUUUGAUUGUAAAUUUGUUUUUAAAAAAACACGAAACACACGAGCCGUUCUUGUUGUUUUUGUCUGAGAGUUGUAUUUUGUACUUAAAGCAGUCCGUGGUAUUCUCAGGGGUUAAAAAAACUUAUAAAAAAGAACAAUAAAAGGUUAAGAAUUUAUGGAAAAGCAACGAAAGACGUAGAUAUAUAUAUAUAUAUACACACAUUUUAUAUCAUAUACAGUAUAUAUAUAUAAAUAUAUGAAGUGAUGUGUGUUUGUCUAGAAACUUUCUUAUUUGGAAAGCUUCACUGUUUGAACUCCAACAUGACUACUACUGAGCAUGCUCCUUCUCUCAGUACAGCAUACGACCAUCAGCCCUGGGUUCAACAGUCCCACUUUAACCCAUCUGAUCUGAGGUCAGAUAGUAUCGGCUAACAGAUGGGAGUGUCUUUUGGGUCUCACCAAACUGGGAUGACUUAAAGAUUUGAUUUUAAGGGCUGCUUGACCCAGGCCUGAUGAACACACAUUUGAACAGAGGCCCAAGUCCAUUCUACUUUCUCCGUUUUCCUGUAUGAACAGCUUCUCCCCGGUUUUCUGGAGUGACCAUGCCAAAGAACAGAUCUGUGUUACAAGGCAGCAUAUUUCAGUCUUAUCUACGCAAACAUAUUAAGCUGUCAGACCGCUCGAACAGUGAUGUCCAGGUCAGCAGAUGUGAUUCGACCUCCUCUAACCCAGGGGGCGCUUUUAAUUCCCAACCUGGAUAGAUCUGCAUUCACGGGGGGAUUCCCACAGGAAAUGCCCGGUGAUGGUUGUUAAACACAGACUCGCAUGUAUUAACCCCCUCCAAAAAAGGAAAAAAAAAAGAAAAAAGCCAGUGCUGCUGAACUGAACACACAACAUACAGCUCUCUCUCUCACUUACACGCAUGCACACACACACACACAUAGACGCUUACACAAACCCCAGAGCUGGUAUAACAGGGUUACAAUGUAAAAGUUUUUGUUAUGUAUAUGUGGUCCUGACUGCAUCAGGAAGCAUGAGUUUACUCAGAGCGAAACGCCACCCCCUCCCCAACAACAGGAGAGUAUUAUCACAGGUCAGGUGACAGCGCUGCGUCUCUGUCCCCUCUUCGUCCCUUCAGGUGUAGCCAUGGUAGAAGCACUCGCAUUGUUGCGUGACAGUCUUGCGAGGACAGGCGGAGGACUUGGGACUUCUACGAUGGCUAUUACAGCUGACACAUUACAGUAACGACAAAAAAAGAGCAACAAAGCUCGUGUUCCGAUGCGAGGACGCGGUGACGUGUCGCCUCCGAAUCCUCGGCCAGGUGUUCGUUACCAUUCAUGUGUUGCUAAGACAGAAAAAUGUAAUCUUGGUUUCAAUAUUCAAUGUUCAGAGUAGCCUGACGUUGUAGACAGUGGUUUUAGACAAGGCCUCACAUGUAUGGCCUUAACAUGUAGUAGCAAAGGCUGAGGCUGCACAGCUGCCGAAGGACAAAAAAAGGACUGAAAAAUACUCAUUUAGGGCUAAAUUAGUGGAGCUGGUUAGCAGUAUAUAAGAUUUCCUGCUGAGUGACGGUCAGAUUCCACACAAAAACAAAGCAAAUUGUACUUCUGAUCUUUUUUUUUGCCUUGAUACUGUGCAGCCUUAGCAAACAAAACUGGUUAUUAUUCUAUAUUUACAGUGUGGCUUCAAUGCCCUCUCCUUCCGCUUCGUAGAUACUGUAGACUGGAGUCUCUUGCAGGUUCUUUUUAUCAAUAUCCGCUAGAAUGCAACUUCAAAGCAUCGCUAUCCUCUGUGUGGUACGCCGGUGUGGGUGUUGGCUCGCAGCCCGAAUGUGCUCUGAUGAUCUUUGAAUUUUGCAACUCUGUCAGGUCGAAUAUCCACACUGAAAGGAGAUCUAGUGCAGGGGGUUUCUCGCUUUCUCUCUGUCUGUCUAUUUGGGUUGUGUCCCAUAAAAUUAGAUGCAGUGUGAAAGUUUUUAUCCUCAUACUUGGAGCAUCCGUGUCGGUAGGUCGCGUUCCUCUAUGAUAAGUCACCACUUAGAGAGGCAAUAAAAUGUGCAACAGAAACGCUGUACAGUCCUCAGCUUGCUGUAUGUUGAGAGCAGAACUCUUCCCUCAGGUGUUGGCACUGACGCUGCACCACGGAAAUAAACUGACGGGCAUCAAGCACAUAAUGGCAGGUCAGAAACACACCUACACACAGUGAUGCUUUCCGCUAGACCGAUUGCUUGCAGGUAAUUGGAACCUCGCCUGCGCACAGCUACUGUUUACUGUACUGACUCUGUUGUAAAACAUCAGUGCACCAGCAGGGCUGGGCUCCUCAGAACCCCCUCAGCUGGGUGAAGGGUCACAUUUACAACUUUCCAUUAGCAAGAAAAGCAGCUUAGGAUCCAGAAAUGACAGCAGCAGUCAGUUCUGGUGAACGACGACAUUAAAAACGGGGUUUUAAAUUCCACGAAUUGCUCCUAGUGGGUGGUAAAAAGUUGGAUUUCUACAAUUUAAAGUAAUUUAUUGCACUGAGGUGGUUCUGGGGAACCACGAGGGCAUCGGGAUGCAGUUCAUAAGAUGUCGUUUCUUCUUCUGUGGUUGCUCCUUCAUCCAGAAAGUGGUCUGAGACUGUCGUGGGAUCAGUGAAAGCAGGACUGGGUAUUGCUUAGGAAAUAAAUACCUGCAAGCCACAAGGGACAGCAGUCCAGUAACAAAGGCGGGAUUAGAUCAGAAGUCUUGAAAUGUCUCUAAAGCAGAAAAUUGCAGGUCUGUCUAAAAAUGUGUCCGCACGACAAUAGAGAUUGCUUAGUGCUUCCUGUUUCUGGUAUCAAUGCCUAGUCCUUGUUUCGCUGCCCUACACCAGCCGUACAAACCAGCCCACCUACCUACCGCUGGAGUUUAUACUCAUCUACAAUAAUGUAUAAUACUGUUCAACUACUACUACUAGACAUUUUCAUUUUCCGUGUUUUAAAGAGGCUUUUGCAAGCUAUUUGUUUUGUUUUUUUCCUUUUAUAAUGCUUAUCUGGCCGCUGUGGCUCGUAUCAGACUAGAAAGCUGACUCAUUAUCUGCUUCUACUGUUUUUACUGGCGCUUUGCUCUCCUCUCCGUUACAGCAAAGUUAUGGCUUCAAGGUCUCAGCAUCCAGAACCCAGACACACACUCCACAGAUCGGAGGUUUAGUCGCACAACCGGAGCUGCUGCCAAGGAAGAAACUGAUCUGAAGUAAAACUCAACCUUCAGAGCUCGAGACUGAUUGGUACAAUCAAUCAGUCGCAUCUUAAAAAUUUAUUUGGUUAAUUUAUCAGAAAUGGCAGAUAUUCCCCAGGUUCAGCUUCACAGCAGUGAAGAUUUGCUGCCUUUUUUAAAUGUAAUGGUAAAUGCAGCAGCAAUCUGAUAGCACCGCGUUGCUUUUUUGGAUCAAAGCCUGCAACAAACCUCAAGAAGCACUCAUCCGAAAAGCAUUGCUUCUAUUUUUGUGCCU